GCGAGGCGGCGACGCGCGGCGCCCGGGACGCGCGCCCGUCGCCCGGAUCGUCGUUCGACGUCAUCGUCCUCGGGAACGGACCGAUCGGUAGCGCGGUCGCGAGGCACGUCUGUGCGUUGGGGGCGCGCCGGGUCCUGGUCCUGGACAGCGAACGGUUGACGAGCGGGAGCGAUGACUUGGGACGGAUCGUGCGACCGCUGGACGCGGAGGGUCGGGACGAGUGGACGGAUGUGAACGUGCGAUCGAUCGAGGGGUUUGAAGAGAUGGAACAGAGGAGUGGAACGACGUUUUUUACCAAGCGUGGGUCGUUGGCGAUCGGGAGCGAGACGUUCGUCGAGCGAGGGGCGUCGCGCUUGCGGGCGAGAGACGUCGCGCAUCGAAGGGCGAAGACGGCGGACGACGCGUUCGGGGAACGGUUUACGUUUUUCACGCGAAAAGACGUCCCGGAGGGGUACGAGGCGGUGUGGGAUGACGUCGGUGGAUACGUGAAUCCGCACUCGAUGCGCGAGGCGCAGAACGCGCUGAUGCGCGAGGCGAGCGAGGGGAACGCGAUGGUCGUUCGGGCGACGGGCGAGCGCGUCGAGUCGGGAGGUGCGAACGGUGACAAGUGCACGGUAACGAUCGAUGAUGGGAGCGCGUACACGUGUGAUGUGUGCGUGAUGGCGUGCGGGUACUACACCGAGCCGUUGGCCAGGGAGUGCGGAUUGAUCGAUGACGGCGACGAGGACGCGACGCGAUUCGGCGAAGUGCGCAUCGCGAGACGCACCGUGCUCUUGGCCGAGGUCCUCGAGUCGGAGGUUACCGGAGCGCUCGCGGGGAUGCCAACGAUUAAGUACGAGGUUCCUCGCGCCAUCCUAGACGCCGCGCGCGUGCGUCGCGUCUCUAAGGGCGCCGGGAGCGAUCACAGCGCGAACGAGGCGAAAUCCGUGUACGUGUUGCCUCCGAUUUAUUACCCCGGACCAGUUCCCUCGGCGGGAUGGUACGUCAAGAUCGGCGGCGGGCCGCUCGAUUAUUUCGACAAGACGGACGCGAGUUGGAUCAAGACCGAGCGCGAGCUCGCGGAGUGGAUGUCGAGCGACGGCGAUGAGGUCGUCGCCGACCAACUCCACGACAUCCUGUUCCACAUGUUCCCGGGGAUCAAUUUCCAAAGCCUCUCGUCCAAGGCGUGCGCGUACGCCACGUCGAGCGAUGGUUCGCUACAGGUCCAAACUCUCGGCGUCGGUCGCGACGUCAUCGCCGUCGCCGGAUGCCAAGGCAAGGGCGCUGGACCCGCCGACGCCAUCGGCGUCGACGUCGCCCGCGUCGUCAUCGACCGCCUCGCCGCCCGCGCCCCGCCCUAG